GACACCGUCCCUAAAGCCUUUCUGCUGUCUCUGUGUCUGUCCUCAGCUGGCCACUGCGGCUCCCCAGACCCCAUUGUGAAUGGCCACAUCAGUGGUGAUGGCUUCAGCUACAGGGACACCGUGGUCUAUCAGUGCAACCCUGGCUUCCGGCUCGUGGGGACGUCGGUCAGGAUCUGCCUCCAGGACCACAAGUGGUCGGGUCAAAUCCCCGUCUGUGUCCCCAUCACCUGUGGACACCCUGGAAACCCUGCCCAUGGAGUCACCAAUGGCAGCGAGUUCAACCUGAACGACCUCGUGAACUUCACAUGUAACACAGGCUACCUGCUCCAGGGGGCCUCCCGGGCCCAGUGCCGGAGCAAUGGCCAGUGGAGCAGCCCGCUGCCCACCUGUCAAGUGGUGAACUGCUCGGAUCCCGGUUUCGUGGAGAACGCUGUGCGGCACGGUCAGCAGGCUUUCCCAGAGAGCUUCAAGUACGGAAUGAGUGUGCUGUACCAUUGCAAGAAGGGCUUUUACCUGCUGGGGUCCUCAGCCUUGACCUGCACAGCCAGCGGCCUGUGGGACCGCUCCUUACCCAAGUGUCUGGCCAUAUCGUGUGGUCACCCUGGGGUCCCUGCCAAUGCCGUCCUCACCGGAGAGCUGUUCACAUAUGGAGCCACAGUCCAAUACUCCUGCAAAGGGGGCCAGAGUCUUACAGGCAACAGCACCAGAGUCUGCCAAGAAGACAGUCACUGGAGUGGAGCCCUGCCCCACUGCUCAGGGAAUCAUCCUGGGUUUUGUGGGGACCCUGGGACCCCAGCACAUGGGUCUCGGCUUGGGGAUGAAUUUAAGACAAAGAGUCUCUUGCGCUUCUCCUGUGAGAUGGGCCACCAGCUGCGGGGCUCAGCUGAGCGGACCUGCCUGCCCGACGGGUCCUGGUCAGGAGUGCAGCCUGUGUGUGAAGCUGUGUCCUGUGGGAACCCUGGCACACCCACCAAUGGCAUGAUCCUCAGCAGUGACGGCGUCCUCUUCUCCAGCUCUGUCAUCUACGCGUGCUGGGAGGGCUACAAGACCUCAGGACUCAUGACUCGCCAUUGCACCGCCAAUGGGACCUGGACAGGCACUGCGCCCGACUGCACAAUUAUAAGUUGUGGGGAUCCAGGCACACUACCAAAUGGUGUCCAGUUUGGGACGGAUUUCACCUUCAACAAGACUGUGAGUUACCAGUGCAACCCUGGCUACCUGAUGGAACCUGCCACCUCUGCCACCAUCCGCUGCACCAAAGACAGCACGUGGAACCAGAGCAAGCCCGUCUGCAAAGCUGUCCUGUGCAGUCAGCCUCCUCCCGUGUCGAAUGGGAAGGUGGAGGGAACAGACUUUCACUGGGGCUCCAGCAUCAGUUACAGCUGCGUGGAUGGCUACCAGCUUUCCCACUCGGCCAUCCUGUCCUGCGAAGGCCAGGGCGUGUGGAAAGGAGAUGCUCCCCAAUGCUUACCUGUGUUCUGUGGGGACCCUGGCACCCCCGCCGAGGGGCAACUCAGUGGGAAAAGUUUCACCUACAAAUCUGAGGUCUUCUUCCAGUGCAAAUCUCAGUUUAUACUGGUGGGAUCCUCCAGAAGAACCUGCCAGGCGGAUGGCACGUGGAGUGGUAUACAGCCCACCUGCAUUGAUCCUGCACACAAUACAUGCUCAGACCCUGGAACCCCCCACUUUGGAAUACAAAAUAGCUCUAGAGGAUAUGAGGUCGGAAGCACCGUGUUCUUCAGGUGUAGGAAAGGUUACCACAUCCAAGGCUCCACGACCAGGACCUGCCUUGCAAACCUCACGUGGAGUGGGAUCCAGACAGAAUGUAUACCGCAUGCCUGCCGGCAGCCUGAAACCCCAGCACAUGCCGAUGUGAGAGCAAUCGAUCUACCUGCUUUUGGCUACACCUUGGUGUACACCUGCCAUCCUGGAUUCUUCCUUGCGGGUGGAUCUGAACACAGGACGUGUAAAGCGGAUAUGAAAUGGACAGGGAAGUCACCUGUUUGUAAAAUUCCCUCAGACGUAUUUUUCGUCACUUCGGUGUGGAAGGGAUAUUAUGAGUAUUUAGGAAAAAGACAGCCGGCAACGCUGACCGUUGACUGGUUCAAUGCCACCAGCAGCAAGGUGAAUGCAACCUUCACCGCAGCCUCACAGGUGCAGCUGGAGCUCACAGGGGUCUACAAGAAGGAGGAGGCUCACUUACUUCUGAAAGCCUUUCAUAUGAAAGGACCCGUAGAUAUUUUUGUAAGCAAGUUUGAAAAUGACAGCUGGGGACUCAAUGGUUACGUUUCCUCAGGACUGGAGAGGGGAGGGUUCACCUACCAAGGCGAUGUACAUGGCAAAGACUUUGGGAAAUUCAAGCUAGAGAGGCAAGAUCCUUCAAACUCCAAUCAAGAUUCUUCAAAUCAUUACCAGGGAACCAGCAGUGGCUCGGUGGCAGCUGCCAUUCUGGUUCCAUUUUUUGCUCUAAUUUUAUCAGGGUUUGCGUUUUACCUCUACAAACACAGAACAAGACCAAAAGUCCAAUUCAACGGCUAUGCUGGACACGAAAACAGCAACGGGCAAGCCUCAUUUGAGAACCCCAUGUACGACACAAACUUAAAGCCCACAGAAGCCAAGGCUGUGAGAUUUGACACGACUCUGAACACAGUGUGUACAGUGGUAUAG